AUGGCGCCGGAUGGGCCGUACCAUCAUCUCGACAACGCCGGUAUGGACGGAGACGACCCAACGCAGCAGUCUGUCAUUAUAUCCGACAGCCUCGAUAUCCCCAUCACAGAUCCACCCUUGUAUAGGUGUGCAGAGCAGGCGGAGCCGACGGGGGAGUCUGUCCAAAUCGAAACUCAGAUAAGAAUCAACACGGUGACCUGGGAGCAUGUCAACAACCAGGCACAAAUCGAAAAUGCCCUGCAUCUCGACAUCUUCUUGGACACCCCGGCUAGCAUCGCCCUUUUCAGGCUACACGGCGACCUCCAGCUUACACAUAAAAAUGCCACCACCAGCAUACAGCCUGUCUAUUUGUUCAUUUAUCCCGAGGACAUUGAGUGCAUCGGUUUCGAGGCUGCCACGGAGACGUCUCCUUGUGAUACAUUGCGCUUCAAACUGCGGCGGAACCCGUAUCUUGUGGCGCCAAGAGAUAGCGUCCUGGAGCCGAAUUCUAGAGACAUAGCUUUGCAUAGAUCAAUUCAAGCUCUCGCCACCGCGACCGAGAUCAACGUCCAAGUCAACAGCUCGGGGACGAGCUCUCUAUCGCAGACAGACCUGGAGAAGAUCGCCUCUGUUUUCUCGCCCAAUCACAAGAUUCUCAUAGAUGCAAGGCGUGCCAACCUCGAUGCGCUGUACGGCCACGAAAGUGGCGAGGUGCUCAACCUGGGUAAACCUGCCAAAAGCCUUGAAGCGAACUACUCUUUAGCUAACGACGCUGAUUUGGCUGAAGAUGCCACCACCACCACCCAUGUCCGCAUUCCAUCUAUACCUGAAGAUAUCAUGACUCGCUUCGGCACUAUAAACAAUGGCCUAAAUUCUUUAUGCAAACUUUUGGACGGCAUGAACACCAGACUAGAACGGCUUGAAAAAAUGACUGCGGCUGCUCUGGAAGCUGACUACAACCCACUUCUCCACGGACCAGAAGAAACGGCGCAGAUGCUAGCAGAGGUGAGCAGAUUGGUUGAUCAAGGCAUUGUGGAGUUCAAGACGGAAUGCGAAGACGUAGCCAAGGAAACGCUGAGCGAGCUUCGAAACGAGUUCAACCAGGUAGCGGAGCAAAUACGGGGCGAGGCGACGAAGAAGAAUGGAGAGCCAUCUUGGUCGUAA